AUGAUUCUGAUGCACUCUUACUCUCCGGCGACAAUCUCAGCCGUUAGAUUCCUAGGUUCGUCUCCGUUCAACACUCGGAGGCUUCUUUCUCAGCCUAGUGGUGUUUCAAUCUCUAGAAAAAAAAGCUUCUUCUUGCAUUUGACAGAGACGACGACCAAGGAGAGAGGAAGAAGAGAAGAAAAUGGGAGAGUAUCGAUCGUGUGUGACGCAGGAGGGAUGUUUCCGGUGGAUCCAUGGGCUCCGACCAUUGAUUCACAGAGCAUAGCAUCACAGCUCUUCGCUGUCUCUCUGUUCCCAUACAUUGGUUUCCUCUACUUCCUCACUAAAUCCAAAUCUGCUCCGAAACUCACACUUUUCGGAUUCUACUUCUUGCUUGCCUUCGUUGGAGCUACAAUUCCUGCUGGUAUUUAUGCUAAAGUGCAUUAUGGAACAUCGUUGUCGAAUGUUGAUUGGUUACAUGGAGGAGCAGAAUCACUUCUUGCUCUUACCAAUUUGUUCAUCGUGUUGGGUCUCAGACAAGCUCUAAGGAAGUCUAAAGACAAUGAUGAUGAACAAACUCCAACAACAACUCAAGAACAAGAGAAAUCUUCAGUGAAGUAA